AUGUCUUACCAGAAGGGCGACAAGGAUUUCGGCGAGCAGCCCAAGGCUCACCGCAUCCGCAUCACCCUCACGAGCCGCAAGGUCCAGUCCCUCGAGCGCGUCUGCACCGAGCUGAUUGACCGUGCCCGGUCCAAGGAUCUCUCGGUCAAGGGGCCCGUCCGCCUUCCGACCAAGAACCUCAAGAUCACCACCCGUAAGACUCCCAACGGUGAGGGUAGCAAGACCUGGGACACCUUCGAGCUCCGCAUCCACAAGCGUUUGAUUGAUCUUCACGCCCCUACUGAGGUCGUCAAGUCGGUCAUCGUCAACAUCGAGGCUGGUGUCGAGGUUGAGGUCACCAUUGCGGCCUAA